AUGUUGCUAUGUGGAAACUCUGCAGAAGAGAGAGAGCGCGACAAGCUGCGACUGACGAUUAAGACUGAGAAGGAUAAGAACAUGCGACUGGAAUCAGAACUCAAGGUGCAGAUUCAGAAGAUUGAGACUGAAGAGAAGAAGAAAAAGCAGCUGGAAUCAGAGCGCGACAAGCUUCAUCUGAUGAUUAAGACUGAGACAGAUAAGAACACACGACUGGAAUCAGAGUACCAGGAUCUGCGUGAGAAGUUCGACAAAGCAGUCACACAGCUAGAUUUCAUGAGGGCUCAGAGCUACAUGGUUCCUGUCACCCUGGAUCCAGAUUCAAACACCCCGAGCUCACCAUCCCUAAGGAUGGCCGAAGAAUCCAACAUGACCCUGCCUCCUUAG